UCGGGACAGGAGAGGGCGGGUCGGGACGAGGCGGGGCGGGGCGGGGCGGGCGCGGGCAAGGCAGUGUACGCCAGGUGGUGAAGAAGACAGGUGAAGCAGCCAGAGACGCCUCAUGAAUAUCAGCGCAGGGAGGAUGUCAUUCCGGGACAAGGGCGUGAGGAAGGCGUGCUGGGACUCCAGGGACCGCUACUGGGCCUGCCUUGACCUGCCGGGCAUCCAGCGGGACCAUUGCCUGGAGCUGCGCCGCCUGUACGAGCUUGCCUGCCCCGGACACUGGGUGAAGCACUUUGACCGCAAGCGUCAGUACAUGGAGUUCCAGGAGCGAAUACACUCGGUAGGACUACGGGAGCCAGCCACACUGUCGUCGUGCCCCGCCCUUGACACGCCCCUCACCAGAAGACACCGCGUCUACAGCGAGGUCGUCUUCACCUAGCGUUCGCCUCCUGCUGCUUCGCCUCACGUACAGAAACGACCACGGCGCCCCACAGCCCCGCGUAGCCCGCACACCACACCUGAGCUUCCAGGACUAGCGCUAGAUGGCGUGGCGUCAGUACCCAAGCCAUUAAUACCAAAUCUGUCUUCACGUGUUUCCAAAUUCUAGACAAAUGCAGGGAUUCCUAUAGAUACAAUACAGGGUGAUUAUUCAAGCAUGAGUCUUCUGUCCGAGGCUCCACCGCGUAUGGUGGAUGUCUCGUGCAGCACUGUAUGCGCCCCCGUAUCGCUUCGCCUCUUGUAAUACAUAGUGUGACCAGCAAGCCAGCAGGUAGUGAGUGAGCUCCGCUGCUACACAGUACAUAUUAGUCAUUAGUCUACUACUACCACCACUACUACUACUACUACUACUACCACUACUACUACUACUACUACUUCUUGUUCUACUACUACUUCUACCAGUACUUCUACUACCACUGCUACUCUAAUUAAUAAGGCUUUUACCACUUCCAUUUCUAUUACUACUAUAAUUUCAACGUUCAAUAGCUCCACUAGGUUAAGGAUAUAGGACAUAAUAUAGGCUACUUUUGUGUUUAAAAUAAUGUGCACAUAUAUUUUUUAACGAUAUGGAAUGUAUUUUUCUUUUUUCGUCUUUUUACUUUACAUUCACGUUCCCGAGGCACCUUCGAUGUACUGCUUCCCUCCUGUGCUUCCCUGAGGUUACUGGGCGGCUCAGCGCGUGUGUGCAGUCCCCUUAAGGCUCGUGUUUUUGUGAUAUUUGACAAGCUCCGCCGCCCCUCUCCGCUGACAUGCCCCUGGCGUGACGAGCAAGGAUGCGGGGCGGCGGGGGCGUGGGAAGGCUGGUGGGGGGUGAAUCUCCACUACGUCACGCCAAGGCCUCCUUCCCGGAGGCCUUGGCGGGGCAGGGCGUGGGGGCGGCCAGUGCCAGGCCAGUGCCGCAUCCCCGCGCCCCGUACGGCGCGCCGCAGCCUUCCUCACCUAUGAGGGUUCAUGGCUACACCAAAUUCUGUAUCCGUUCCGUUAACGGGUCGCUGAGCUGCAAGAGAGUGUGAGCUUUGCAACACACGGCGGGUGUUGCCACUGCCGGAGUGUUGAGGACACGCAGGGGCGCCCACCCCGCGCCGCCUGGUGUUAGUUCUUAUUCACUAAACAAUAUUUGUUUUGUCACAUUACCUAUUUCUACGUCAUACCAUUGUAUGACACUGGCGUCCUGCUGGCCAACCCGGCAAGGCUCGCUGUGAUGGCCAGCCGUCACCACGACAUCACCACCACCUCCACCACAGCGGGACACUCGGCUGCGUCAUCUUCCCGUCACCGGUCUCUGCAACGGUGGAUCCAAUAAUUUCCAAAAAUAUAAGACAAAGGCAACUUUUUUUUUCAUGUAAAAAUACAGACACAAAAAUGUUCUAUUGUUGGCCAUAUAUUUUGAUUCAUUGCCAAAAUAAAGCAUAUGUGAAAAC